AUGUCCAAACAAUCUGCAAGUGCAAGUGCAAGUGGCACGGUGCUGCUGCUCACCUGGUCAUGGCUGGUCAUGAUGCACUGCACCGCGCUGGACUGGCAGCAGGUCAAGCCGAUGUACCUGGUGUCCAUGUACCCGGGCCCAAUGGGUCUGUCCACCUCCUCCUCCUCCUCGUCCUCCACGUCCCCCUUUUCCUCCUCCUCAUCCUCCUCUGGUUCCCUGGAACACGAUGCGGAAAUGAGUGCCAGCAACUUGGACAGUCGCCACAUGAAGGGGAUGGGAUUGGGUAUGGAAGCGGGUGGGUUCAGCGAAGAGGACCUGGAGGAUCGGGAACCACUCGUUCUCAAUCUGGAGACGACCCCGUUACUGGAGAAGAUGCUGCCCGAGGGUGCCAUGGCCAUGGAUCGCAUCUUUGGGGGCGACGUGGGCAAUCCCCACUGUUUUCCCUACCAGGUGGGCAUGCUGCUCCAAAGACCCAAGGGACUGUACUGGUGUGGCGGUUCACUGAUCUCCGAGAAGCACGUUAUCACCGCCGCCCACUGCGUUGACAUGGCCAAGAGGGCUCUGGUUUUCCUGGGCGCCAAUGAGAUCAAGAACGCCAAGGAGAAGGGACAGGUGCGACUAAUGGUGCCCAGUGAGAACUUCCACAUUUAUCCCACGUGGAAUCCAAGGAGAUUGAAGGAUGACAUUGCCUUGGUCAGGCUGCCUCAUGCCGUCAGCUUCAAUGAACGCAUCCAUCCAAUCCAGCUGCCGAAGAGGCACUACGAGUACCGAAGUUUCAAAAAUAAACUGGCCAUUGCUUCCGGCUGGGGUCGUUAUGCGACUGGAGUCCAUGCGAUCAGCAAUGUGCUGCGCUAUGUCCAACUGCAGAUAAUCGAUGGCCGGACAUGCAAGUCAAACUUCCCACUGUCCUAUCGUGGUACAAAUAUAUGCACCAGUGGAAGGAACGCCCGCUCCACUUGCAAUGGAGAUUCGGGAGGACCCUUGGUUCUCCAAAGGCGGCAUUCGAAGAAGAGAGUUCUGGUAGGCAUCACCUCCUUUGGCAGCAUCUACGGCUGCGAUCGCGGCUAUCCGGCGGCCUUCACCAAGGUCGCCUCCUAUUUGGAUUGGAUCAGCGAUGAAACCGGAGUGAGUUCCCAUCAGGAUACCACGGAGGCGAUAUUCUUCGAUCAGUAUGUGAGAGACUAUGGAAAACCGCGACAAAGUCGCCGGUCGGAGAGGGAGGAGCAGCCGGAAGACGAUGUGCCGGAUGAACUGGAUGUGCAUCCCAAGCCCGCUUCCGAUGAGGACAUCUCCGAGGAUGUCAGACCGAGAUCACGUUCACGCCCGCACUCAGAACACGAGUUCUAUUUCUUGUAA